AGAGCCUCUCACUUCCCAACACAGCUGCAGAAGCAUCGUCGUACACCACACACAAAAAAUGGCAGAUCUUCACACCUAUCUGUACCUUGGCCUGGCGCUCGUUUCCCUGCUCGCCGUGCAACUCGCCAGGCGUAGGCGCUCGUCGGCGGCGCAUGGCUCUGGCGCGCUGCGGCUGCCGCCGGGGCCAUGGCAGCUACCGGUCAUAGGCAGCCUGCACCACCUCGUCGGCAAGCUCCCGCACCAAGCGAUGCGCGACCUGGCGCGUCGCCACGGGCCGGUCAUGAUGCUCCGCCUGGGCGAGGUGCCCACGCUGGUGGUGUCGUCGCCGGAGGCGGCGCGCGAGGUGACCAAGACCCACGACGUGUCGUUCGCGACGCGGCCGCUGAGCUCCACCACGCGCGUGUUCAGCAACGGCGGCAGGGACAUCGUGUUCGCCCCGUACGGGGACUACUGGCGCCAGCUCCGGAAGAUCACCGUGACGGAGCUCCUCAGCGCGCGCCGCGUCGCCUCCUUCCGCGCCAUCCGCGAGGAGGAGGUCGCCGCCAUGCUGCGCGCCGUGGGCGGCUACGCGGCGGCCGGGUGCGCCGUCGAGAUACGGCCGCUGUUGGCGGCGCUCGUGUCCGACUCCACCGUGCGCGCCGUGAUGGGCGACCGGUUCCCCCACCGCGACGUGUUCCUCCGCGAGCUCGACCGCUCCAUCGAGCUCACGGCCGGGUUCAACCCGGCGGACUUGUGGCCAUCGUCGCGCCUCGCCGGCUGUCUCACCGGCACCAUACGCCAGGCCAAGAAAUGCUGGGACACGAUGUCCAGCGUCCUCGAAAGCACCAUCCAGGAGCACCUCCAGAAGAAUGGCAGCAGCGGCGGCGGCGCUGGAGCCACCGACGAGGACCUCAUCGAUGUUUUGCUAAGGAUACAGAAGGAGGGUGGGCUCCAGUUCCCGUUUGACAUGGACGUCAUCAAGUCUGUCAUCCAUAAUGUCUUUGGCGCCGGCAGCGAGACGUCGGCGACGACGCUGGGGUGGGCGAUCGCUGAGCUAAUCCGGAACCCGAUGGCGAUGAAGAAGGCGACGGCCGAGGUGAGGCAAGCCUUCGCAGCGGCCGGCGUUGUGUCAGAGGCCGCGCUCAGUGAGCUCCGAUACCUGCACCUCGUCAUCAAGGAGACGCUCCGUCUCCACCCACCGGGGCCACUGCUGCUGCCGCGCGAGUGCCGGGAGCAGUGCAAGGUGCUCGGCUACGACGUGCCGCGCGGCACACAGGUGCUGGUCAACGUCUGGGCGAUCGGCCGCGACCCGCGGUACUGGCCUGGCGGCUCGCCCGAGGAGUUCCGGCCGGAGCGGUUCGGCGACGGCGAGCCAGCCGCCGCGUUGGAUUUCAAGGGCACCGACUACGAGCUUCUGCCGUUCGGCGCCGGCCGGCGGAUGUGCCCCGGGUUGGCGUUCGGGCUCGCCAACGUGGAGCUCCCUCUCGCCAGCUUGCUCUUCCACUUUGACUGGGAGGUGCCCGGAAUGGCCGACCCGACCAAGCUCGACAUGACUGAGGCGUUCGGCAUCGGUGUUCGCCGGAAGGCUGACCUCAUCAUUCGCCCCAUACUCCGCGUGCCCGUGCCCGGCGUCUAGCCGAGGUCGCCGACGUUUCGUCGAACAUUUAAAUAUUAUCUCGUUGCGCACUACAGGUGUCACAACUCCUCAGCCAUAUGUCGCGCAGUACAUAAGCUUAUCCAACGCAACCACCAUUAUAUAUGCUCAUCCAAGCAAUAAGUCUCACUUAUUAGGAAACAUUUGGGCUUGGACCAUGAAGACCCAGCCCAACAUACUUAUAAGACCCUUCACCUUACUUUUUAUAUAUGCAUUAUGCUUAUAAAUAGAGGGUUGGAAACUCACUAUUGUACACUUGAGCAAUGGAUGAAUGAAUAAGAGUAUGUCCUACCCCUAUA